UUUUUAAUGCCCGAAGUUUUAUUCCUUGCAUGUUUAUUUAUUUUGUAAUGGUUUGUGUUGACAGCUGCAGGUGGGCCGCAUUACCGUACAGGCCUGAUUGUUGGCUUGCUGCAGAAAUGGCUGUCCUGAAAUUGGAAGGUUCUCCUUUUUGCAUGGAGUAAUAUUUGUACCACCCGACCAUUCGAUUGUUGGUCACUUCACUUUCGAACUUGUUCCAAACCGUGACGGUCGUUACAUGAGCCCUUCGGUACUGUGUUGGCAUUUUCAACGGACAGCAAGUGACAGUAGCAGACAAAAUGGCAGUUCCCUGAGAUCAAAUUUUGUCCAUUUAUUUUGAAAUUUCAUUGGGGCUGGACAAAAUAUGUCGUCCAAUUCUGGAAGGGGCCUCGCCCAACAAUACAUCUCAAGUGACAUCUUGAUUUAGUCACUCCGCGAUCAUCUAUUUUCAAGACGACGCGUUUGCCUUCCGCGCUUGGAGGUGCGCCGUCCACUGCGCAUGCGCGCCGCCGCUCACUGGUACCCUAUUUUUGUUCCCAGACAUCACCACCACCACCACCAUCACCAUCCUCGCCAUCACCGUCCUCAUCACAGGUUGGCGUGAACAUCCUCUUCAUCGCGCAGCAAGCAGCCCUUCCCUCUUCAUCUUCCUCUUCCUCUUCCGUCGCGGUGGGAGACAAAGGGCGACGGGGAGAGGGAGAACGAAGAAGAAAAAGAUACCAUGAAGAAACGCUACGUGGAGGCGAGCAGGCUCCGAAAGAUGAAGAAAUUGAAAAUAAGCGAGCGGCUGUCUGAAAGUGCGUACACGUUCCUGAAGUUUAUGGCCAUUUGGAUGUUGGUACUGCUGGCAGAUUUCCUUCUGGAAUUUCGUCUCGAAUACCUGUGGCCAUGCUGGCUCUUCUUUGGGAGCGUGUACACAACCUUCCACUGCCAUGGGCUGGUUAUUUGCGUUGUUUUUGUGUGCGCCGCCUUCACACUUGACAUCUUUUGUUUGAUUUUUGUUCCUCUGCACUGGCUCUUCUUUGUGGCCAGCACCUACGUCGUAUUAAAUUAUAUUUGGCACACAGAGAAGGGGAUCUGCAUCUCCACGGUGUCUUUGUGGAUCCUUCUUGUGUACACGGAGGCUUCGCUUCGACUCAAAGACCUCAAAACCUCGCAUGCCAAUCUUUCUCAUCUUUUUGCUGCUCACUGCAUCGGAUACCCGGUCGUCUAUCUUGGCUUUGACGCCACCUGCUACUUCACCAACAUCUUCAAACUGCGCAUCCAGAAAGCGGUCCAGAGUGACAAUGACUUCCACAUGCACCUGCUGCAGCACUCGCUCCCGCCGGGCCUGCCGCUUUACCCCAAGAUGGUGGCCGACAAUGGCCCCUCCAAAUGGAAGUCAAAGUCUGAGUCCAGUCAGUACCAGUAUCAGAACGGUGCUGUUCUCCCUCAAGACGAGUCCCACACAAUAGACUGCCUCCAGAUCCGUAGUGACGAGCGAGCGGCCGAGAAGGCCACACAGGAAGUCCGUUCGGUUGAAUCCAACCGGAAGCCAUUGUUGUCCAAAGGCAGCUCCAGUGAGUCCAGAGAGGCGCACCGCAAUGGGUCACCGGGACCGGAAUCCUCCACAACACCAGAAAAACUACCUCAGGAGGAACAGGCCGGCAAAGCCGCACGUGUGGUGAAGAACUCGUCACCCAGAGUCCGGCGAGCUAACCCGGCCACGCCUUCGCCAACUGCUGGCAGGAUGGAGAAGAAACAACGGUCCGGCGGGAAAACGGUCAGCCCGAACCGGGACGGAGCGGACAAAAGUGCUACGGUGGCUCAGAAUCAACAGGCUGAGCAGCUGAGCAGGCUGGAGCAGGAGCUGAGGAAACUGAGGGCCGAGCUGCAGGUGAGCCGACACGGCGAGCAGGAGCUGAGGAGUCACAUCUGCAACCUGACCAACAGCGAGAGGAGCCUCAGGCCCGAAGUGGCCUUGCUGAGACAGUCCAACAUGCUGCUGCAGAGCAAGAUCAUAUGCUUGAGCAAAACCAAGCAGCGGGACAAGCAGACCAGCGCCAUCCUGGAGAAGAAGACACGGGCGGAGACGGAGGCAAGACUCUCGCUGGAGAGGCAGGUGGCCGAGCUUCUGGCGCACAGACCCGACGAGGCAGCUGGCGCGACCCGGGCCGUCACCGCCAGGCAAGAAAACAGCGAAAGCCAAAUGUUCAGGAAAAGAGUUAAAGAUCUGGAGACGGAGUACAAACAACUGCAGCUUCAGUAUCAAAUCAAAGAGAGUCGCGUGCUCGAUUUAGAGAGCGACGUGGAGGCUUUAGGGAAAUACCGCGCUGUGGAAAAGGACACGGACAUGUUGCUGUCCACCCUGUCGGCCCUUCAGGACAAGGCUCAGCAUCUGGAGUACAACCUGAGUGCUGAGACGCGCAUCAAGCUGGAUCUGUUCUCAGCUCUGGGGGACGCUCGCAGACAGCUGGAGAUCGCUCAAGACAAGCUGCUGAGGCAGGACAAGGAAAUCAGCGGCAUGAAGCAGAAGAUCGCCGAGGUGAUGGCGGUGAGCCCCGCCGUGUCCUACGUGGCCCCCCGGCCCCCUGUGCCUCAAUACCUCACCAAGCUGCUCAGCUCAGAGCGCUACAUGCUCAACCCACGCGCCCUCAUGUACCAGUGUCUGAAGAAGUAGACUCCCCCCCCACUCGCCAACCACCGCGUGAGGAGACAGUGUCUGCCGACGCCCGUGUUUUCUGCUUCCAACGUGAAGCGGACACCAAGCGACCUCCACACGACAGCAUGCCUUGGGACUGCGCUACUGGUGCUAAAGUGACAUCCUGCUCCACGUUUACUUCACUGAAGCUCAUCUGUCAACGGUGCGAUUCCAAAACAGUGGUACCUGGACCUAGGCGUCUAAUUCGGUCCAUGCAUGUAAGU